AUGCAGCUGGCAGCUUUUACCCCGGCUACUUUCCGCCAGGGGAUGGUGGAGCUCCAGCCUGGAACCGGAUUCCCAAACUUAACUAAUCGGGACCCAUUCAUGGGCAAGGUCGCGGCCUCCUGUGGACAGGGCCGAGCUUCGCGCUUCAAGUUCGGGGUGCGGGCUGGGGAGGCCUUGGUUUCUCCGAUCCAAUACGGCGAAAUCGAGUCUGGUGUUCUGCGGGCGGCGAACCCCGUGCAUGAGCUUCUUGGGAUUCGAGAGGGUGCCAAAUCCUUCGAGGACAAGAAGAAUCUGACCUUCGAACGCCGCCACCGCGCUUUUUGUGUAGAGAACAUCCUCAACUUGGCAACCUUGGAGCUGGCAACCUUUUUCCAGAAUGACGAGUUUCCUUCUGUGGUCGGACCAGACCUCGCGGAUCUUCCGGAAUAUCAGAGGAUCUACAUUGCCUUCAAGGACUGCCGUGAUGCGAAGAGCGCCAUGGACAAGAUUGGUCGCCAGCAGCCGGAGUGGCGUGUGACCCCUCUGACCGCGAAGGAGUACGCAAAAGCUGUUUAUGGACACUCCCACGUUGGUUCCGUGUCUGACUUUGAUGGCCAAAUCAACGCCAUCAUCUAUCAUGAUCCAGCGCACACUGGCCUGGAUGCUGAUGGUGUUUCUAAAACUCUCCGAUUUAUCCUUGGACAUGCUGGUGAUAUCCACACACUUCGACCUCAGGAGGUUCGGCACUCGCACAUUCAUGAGUUCUUGGUGGAGUUUUCAAGCUCUCAGGCGGCAGAGAACGCAAUUCGGGCGUUCGAUUGUUUCAUGUACCAGGGAUGUGUUCUUGAACUGAAUCCUCACAAACCGGACCUUGAUCGCCCUCGCCCUCGCUCUGGGGCAAACUCAUUCUCGCGCGCUGACGUUCCGUAUCGCCGCGGCGGUCGCGCUCGCAAUGUGAUUACUCCAACUGGCCACACCCCAUACACGCCUGCAGCGUUCGAGGAUGACAACUUCGGAAAAUCUCCAUCGCACCGACACGGCAAGCACCAGGCUCAGAUCGUCAAUAUUGAGAACAUCCGCCUUGGAAUUGACACCAGAACUACUGAUGACCCAGGUAUGACUGAUAUCAUGAUUGAGAAACUUGAAGGAGCACUUAUCGUCAAUUUGAAGGCAAUUCUGAAGCGUAUUCUGGACCAGACUUCCUUCGGGAAGUUCGAUUUCAUGUACCUGCGCAUGGAUUUCAGCAAUGGCUGCAACGUUGGCUAUGCAUUUGUCAAUUUCCCAGAUCCCAUGGACAUCGUGGAGUUUCUGGAAGCCCGGGCUGGCCGACAGUGGGACCUCUAUUCCAGCGACAAGAUCGCUGAAAUCAGCUACGCAACUUUCCAAGGCAAGGGGGAGCUGGUGAACAAGUUCCGCAACAGCUCGGUCAUGCUGGUCGAGUCUGCUUAUCGUCCGAAGAUCUUUGCUAUUGGAACGGGGCCCCAGGCGGGCAACGAGGUUGAAUUCCCUCGCCCGAACGAUCCGGUUAAGCUUCGACGUAGCAUCGCCAAUUCAAACAAUAACGGCCUGUACGGCCCUCGCCCCUCGUCCCGUCGCUCAGCUGAAACUGGCGGCCACCGCGAUGGCAUGAUCACUCCAUCAAAGCGAGUCGACUUUGAACACCGCGUUGGCUCUAAUCGCUCCGGACAUGGAGGAACUUGGGAUAUGCCCUUGGGCCGUCGCGGACAUAGUUCCUGA